GGUGGACUGGAGCACCAUGGCCAAAACGGAGAUGGGUCUCUGCAACAAGCGCCACCAGAAGCCGCCGGAUGAGCCGCCUCCAAGGAGUCUCAAAGAAAGCACAGCGCAGGAGUUUGGCUUCCAAAUGGGACAGGCAGUGCUGAUUUCGAACCUGAAAGGAGCACCUCAGUUCAACGGAUGCACCGCUGCUGUGGUCGGCUUCCGCUCUGACCGCGUGGAAGUGGAAGUGGAGGCGGAGGGGACAAAGAAGACCCUGGCCUUGAAGCCCGAUAAUCUCAGUGCAUCAACAGGCCAGGCUGAGCCCCCGAAGGCGCAGGCGCAGGGUGAGGCAGCCGAGCAGGCACCUGCCGAGAAGGCUCCGGAGCCGCGACGCCGCCGUGGGAAGUGGGAGGAGAACAGCGGCGGUUUCGUCGUGAACCAAGCCAAGAAAGGCCCAGCGUGCCCAAAGUUGCCGCCCCUGGCUGACUUGGAAGCAAUGCCUGUGAAAGAGCUCAAGCAAGUGCUCGUGGCUCAUGCCGUUGACAUCACAGGCUGCCUGGAGAGAGCCGAAUUUCUGGCCAAGGCCAAAGAAGUGGCAGAACAAAGCGCCUAG